CCUCCUCCCCGUUUCCAAAAUGCAGUCCGUUUCUCGCCCUGCCUCUACAUCGACCCGUCCGACCGCCUCGCCGAACCCGCGCCCAACGCAGCAUCAGGUCAACACCAAGACACAGGUGUUUGACACCACUCAUGGCCGCCUUCUUUGUAUCGCAGACAUCCGCGGGCGUGUUACAACACUGAAUGACCUUGCGCGCGAGGCGAAUGCCUCAGCCAUCAUUCAUACGGGGGACUUUGGCUUCUUUGAGGCGUCGAGUCUUGACAGAAUCAAUGACAGAACCCUUCGCCACCUCACAAUGUACUCGCCCUUGAUACCCGCAGCGCAGCGCAACCAUCUACUCGCGUCAGAAAACCCACCGUCUAUUAUUCGUUCAACCGUGGGCAUCAGCAUGCUGUCCGAGUUCCCACUACUGCUCUCCGGUCAGAUGAAACUUGACGUGCCUGUCUACACCGUCUGGGGCGCCUGCGAAGACGUCGCUGUGUUGGAGAAAUUCCGUACUGGCCAGUACGAGGUCAACAAUCUACAUAUUCUCGACGAGGCUACCACGCGCUGUCUCGAUAUUGGCGGCAUCAAGCUGCGUCUGCUUGGUCUUGGUGGCGCGCUCGUGCCACACAAGAUGUUCGACAAUGGCGACGGUCAUGCAACGAUUGCAGGCGGGCAGGGGACCAUGUGGACAACUGCGCUCCAGAUCGGGGAGCUCGUGGACACCGCCCAGCGCGUCUUUGACCAGACCGAGACGCGUCUCUUGGUCACACACGCCAGCCCCGGACGUGAGGGGAUCAUCAAUCAGCUUGGGCUCGUGCUCAGAGCUGACCUCACGGUCUCGGCUGGCCUGCACUUCCGUUAUGCUUCCUCAUACAACGAGUUCAGCGUGCAGGGUGACUUUGAGGGUCUGCGUCACAAAAUGCAGAUCGGCAAGGAGGGCUUUGACAAGGUGUGGGAGAGUGUGAAGGUGCAGGUGAAUGCUGUCAUCGAUGAGCAUCAGAGGGUGUUGCUCGACAAGGCGCUCUCAGUAGUUGAACGUAUACCAGCUCCAACCAACCAGCCUGGACCAAAUGGGCAAUUCCCUCAAGAAGAGCCCGCGUGGAAGAACUGCUGGAACUGGAACCUGUGCGAUGCCGCAUAUGGUUCCCUGGUUCUUGAUAUCAAGGACGGCAGAGUCAGUGCAGAGUUGAAGAGUCAAGGAUUCAACUACGCGUAUCGUCGGACUGCAACGCCCACAACCGCAGAACCGAACUCUGCUAACUCCACCUCACCCACGGCGAACGCUGGUUCCGGCGCGUCCGCGACUCCUACGCUCUCUACUAAGGGCCCAGGCACACCUUUGCUUGCAGAUAAAUCUGGCCCCCCGUACCUGACCACGUCGAAGUCAAAGCCAACAACACCGCCACCGGGGUUGACGGACUCGGGCCGCGAGACGCCGGGAGACAAGCCAAACGGGGCAACGCCGAACAGCGCCGGUGCGGCGGACAGGGCAGACAAAGAGCGGGCUAAGCGGGAACGUAAGAAAGAACGCAAGCAGCUGGAGCGCGUCGAGCGUGAGGCAGGUGCCGUCAAAGAGAAAGAGGGCGGGAGCAAGCCUGCGACGCCAACGUUGACCGAGGGUCCGAGUAGUCCUACCCCGCAGCAACAAGUGAAGUCGGGCAAGGCAACACCGGACCUGCGCGCGACGGAGGACGGCGUGAUGUCUCCUGUAGCUGAUAGCAGCGCGGGUGCCCGGACGCCGACGAGCAAGAGACCGCCGAGGAACCCCUGGACGAUUUUCAUGCGCUCGCGGGAGCCGGCAAACGAGCAAGAAGUGCGGGACUUCUUCGGAGACGCCAAAGCCGGGAUCAUUCGUAUCAACUAUCCGCAGAACUUCCCGGGCCGCGCGCAGAAGAUGAUGUACGUCGAGUUCGGUGACGAGGACGCGAUGAAGGCGGGUCUUGCCAAGCAGGGCGAGAAACUCAAAGACGUGAUACCCGAGCUCAAGCAGGCGACAGACAAAGAAUCGCGCGCCGCGGAGAACGGUGGGCCGCCCCGCGGGUUUGGCGGACGCGGUCGGGGCGGACGUGGCGGUUAUGCGGCGCGCGGAUUCGCAGCGGCUGGGUUGACAAGAGGCGUCCCGCGAGAAAACGGCGACGCGCCGGCAUCAUCGGAGGGUCCGAAAGCGUCUGAGGGUUCCUAAACAUUGUCUGCAUGAUUAGUACCGUCAUGCCCCUCCUCAUCCCUCUUUCGAAAUGAUGGUUUAUGAGCAUGGAGCACUUCAUUUCCGUGUCCACUGUGUGGACGUCGACCGCCUUAUGUUGUUUUGACCGUCUGGUGUGUCUGCAGCAGCUUGUGUUUGUCGAUACUUAUGAUCAUGGUAAUGCGAGACCCUUCUAUGCCGUUC